AGCGGCAUCCUUUCUCAAAAAAAUUAGGGUGUCUAACUAAUUGAUGUGUUUAGUUCAAUGAGCUGUAACGGUUGCAGAGUUCUCCGAAAGGGAUGCAGUGAGACCUGUAUUCUCCGCCCUUGCCUCCAGUGGAUCGAAAGCCCUGAAUCUCAGGGCCACGCCACCGUCUUCGUCGCCAAGUUCUUCGGCCGCGCCGGCCUCAUGUCCUUCAUCUCCGCCGUCCCCCACCCCCAACGCCCUGCCCUUUUCCAAUCGCUCCUGUUUGAAGCCUGCGGGAGAACAGUGAACCCGGUAAACGGCGCCGUGGGGCUACUCUGGACGGGUAACUGGCAAGUCUGCCAGGCCGCGGUGGAGACGGUGCUGCGCGGCGGGACUCUGGCCCCCAUCCCGGAGUUUCUGUCCGGAUCUCAGGCCUCCGAUGAAGCGUCCGAGGUCGAUGUCGGCUGUAGCGAGAUGUGGAAGCUCAACGAACGAAGCCCCAGCCAGAGCCAGAGCCAGAGUCCGAUUCCGAAUCUGAGCACCCAUUCUCGGUUCUCGAGUUCCAGAUCCAAGGUCUCCCCGAAGCGGAAACGGGUGGGGGAGCCGACUAGCGUGAUGCUGCUGCCGAUGAAUGAUUUGGAUCUCCGGCUGACCCCGACCCUCUCUCCCAAGGCUGUUCCGCUCUACAAGCCGGACUUCAGGCGGCCCGGUACUCCUUCGAUGAACUCCGAGGAGUCGGUGACCACUUGUUUCGAGAGCAGCGCUGCUGGGGCGUGGGGAGGUGGAAGAGAUCACUGCGGCGGUGAUGGUGAGAAGAAGCUGCUCAACUUGUUUGUUUGAUCGAUCGGACGGCCGGAGAAAGAUGAAAGGCGAGAGAAAAUAUUUGUCUCUGUCACCGUCUUUCUCUCUGUUUUGGGCUCGGGUAAUUUUUUUUUUUACUGUUUUUCUGUGGAAGGAAGGAAUCAUCUGACGGCAGCAGUCUCUUGCACGCGACGGCUCGGAGAAGUUGCAGUAAUUUUCGAUGUAAAAUUCUCAAUUUUCUUGUUUUUGUGUUUAGAUUUUCCCGGAAAUCGAUCGUUUCCGGCGAGAUUUUUCGUUUUAAUUAAUCAUCUUCCGCAUGAUUUCCGGCAGAAGAUUUCGCCUACACGAUGUGGGGGAAAAUGAAUUUGCCGGUGAUCUGAAUUCUGAUCUCUGUAUUUUGCGUUGAAUUUAAUUUCUCCUUGCCCCUCUUUGUUAUUUUGGGUGUCAAAAGCAUGACUU